CGCCACGGCCUCCCGGCAUGCAAAGCGCCCCAGGUUGACCUCGCUGACUCCAAGAUGGCGGCGCCCAGCUAAGGUUUCCUUGAGGGAAUCUGAGGGCUGCAAUUUGGCAUCAAUUUAUGCUACCUGUGCCGUAAAACUGAAGGUUGCUGAAAAGGAAAAACCUAACAUCAUCUGCCUGCAAAGUCUCUGCAGAACCGAAACCAUCAUGUCAAAGCUUGCCCAAGCUGGCAAAGCGGCAGUGAAGAUAACUAGUGGAGGUGUGAUCCGGUCAAUCAUCAAAGCUGGACAGGCUGUUCCAGGUCCACCUCUAGGACCCGUUCUUGGACAGUACGGCAUUCCCAUUGGACAGUUCUGCAAGGAUUUCAACGAGCGGACCAAGGACUUCAUACCAGGCAUCCCGCUGCCCACCAAAAUCCUCAUAAAGUCUGACAGGUCUUAUGAACUUCAGAUAAACAAACCAACAACCACCUACUUUUUACUCUCGGCAGCUGGGAUAGAAAAGGGAGCUUCAUCACCUGGACACGAGAUAGCCGGGAUGGUGACCCUGAAGCAGCUGUACGAGAUAGCGUUGGUGAAAUCCCAGGACCACUCGAUUGUGAUCCGCGACUGGCCACUGGAAACCAUGAUCAAGUGCCUGAUGGGAACCGCCCGAUCGAUCGGCAUCAAAGUAGUGAAAGAGUUAAACCCCGAAGAAUAUGGAGUCUUUCUGAAGGAGCGCGAAGAGAGGUUGGCAGCCGAGGAGGAAGCCAGAGCAGCUGAACGGGUAGCGAAGAAAAAAGAGUUGGUUGCGGCUGCUGCAACACCCUGAGAGCAAAUAUUUUUCUCCCCCUGUGUUCUGCCCCAUUUACGGACCCCAAAGAACGCAGCACACACAAAGCUGUACAAACUUUAGUUUACUAAUUAAGGACUGCUAAUGAGCUUUCUUAGUAGUUGUUCGAACACAAGUACAGUUUAAAUCAGUCUUUUCUGAACAAGGGCUGUUAAUUUAACUUCAUUAACAGCCGAUGAGAAUCCAAAGAAUAAUAACACAAUUCUGAGGCACAGUAUUUCAGGUAAAUGUAAUCUUACUGUGGUUGGCAGAAUGCCCAGAAGCAAUUUGCAGGAAAACUGACGAGAGAGAAGCAAGAGCCGAUCAGACGUUUCUGGGAUCAAGACGCGAAGGAGAGUGAACGAACUUGUUUCCUGCAAAUUGCCUCAGUUGUGGUCCUUCCUUAAAUAGGCUAGGGGAGUGGCCAAAUAGCCCCAAGCCUUACUCUCGAGGAGAACUCCUCCUGAGGAGCCACUCCUGCCUUUUGGCAGCUCUGCGCGCCCGUGCAUCGAGAAGAGGCUCCUCCUCUUCUUCCUCUUCACUUAAAGAAGCCUUCUGGAGGUUCUGAAGGCCCUGGCUGAAUCCCCGCCUCUGGCACCACAUCUUUUCCAGCCUCCUCAUUGUCUGACUCGAGUGCCAGCUACACAGGCUGCUGGCACAGCACCACAUCAGCCUCCUCGCUGUCGGAAUCAGCUCCUAGCUGCACAGGCCGCUGACGGGCCACAACACCCUGAAAAAUACUUUCGACGUACCUCAAAAAAACAACAACAAAACACUCUUGCAAAUCUCUUCUCUACAGGAUUAAGACCACAUUUUACACUAAGCCGUAUCAUUCAAUGUCCACCAGAGGUCCCACUAAGGACGUUGACCUGAUGACAAUUUACUGCAGUCAUUCAGUUUUGUGUCUUAAAAAAAUAAAAUAUCACAGUGCACCA